UCGGGAGAUCAACCACAGCAGCACAGUCAGUCAUGCAGUCCUGCGGUUCUGCUCUCUGUAUCCUGAUCUUCCUGGUCUCUACAUUCACUACUGCUUCUAAAUCAAAUUCUCGUUCAGUGACGGUGAAGUUUAAUGAGACGGCCACUCUGCCCUGCUCUGGGAGAUGUUCUAGUCUGGCCAGAUGGACUGUGUCCAAUAAACCCACUGAUCCUCUGGCUGAGUGUGAUCAGACUUCAUGUAGAUCAGUGAAGGAGGGAUAUCAGAUGAUCCAUGAUCAGUACCUGAAGGGGAAUCUCUCUCUCAUCAUCACUAACGCUGAUUUCAGUAAAAGAGGCUGGUACACAUGUGACUGUGAUAAAAAAGACGUCUGUGAUGUGUGUCUACAGAUUGAGCCCUUGAAUACUACAGUUCAGAUAAAGCCUGGUGAACCUCUGCUAAUGAAGCUGCACAUAUCAGAUCCAGUGAAGGUGCUUUAUAACAGCACAGGCACAGCUGGACCAUCCAGUGGUCAGAUCUGUACAGUGGAUGGAGGCUCACUACAGUGCAAUGCUGAAUAUAAACAGAGAAUGGCACUGUUCUCUACUCUUGAGCUGAGAGGGGUGAAGCCAUCUGACAGUGGAGACUAUAUAAUUAUGGAUAACAGGAAUGAGGAGGUCAUUCACACCUACACAGUGACUGUCCAUGAUGACCAGCCAUGUCCAUUCAGAGAUCAGGGAGCUGUUGUACCAGCGUGGGUGUUUGCUCUGACGAUGGUUACACUAGUGGUUGUGAGUCUAGUAUUAGUGGUGAUGAUUCUGCGGAAGAGGAGAGAAAUUCAGCGGCACUGAAUUAUAACUGCAGGGAAAAUCAGCUUUAACUGAAAGAAAGAACCACAACAUUCAACGACUGACCACUGCAAUGUACAGGAAAUGAGAUAUUUGCUGUUUUUUAAGCAGGAAAGCUGCAACAUCCAAUCCAAGAUCCAAGACCACUUAUCCAAUCAGCCAAUCACAUGACAGCAUGAGUCUAGAUCUUCAGUUAAUAUCCCCCCUAAACGUCAAGAAUAGUGAAAAAUUAUGACAAUUGGAACAGA